AUGAGAUUCCUUUCAAUCACUGCUGCUUUGACUGCUCUUGCUUCCUUCGCUGUCGCUGAAGACCUUACCACCUAUUCGCUGGUUAUCGACAGGGAUGGAGCUAUUUUCACCAAGGUUUUGACCUCCACCAUCGGAAACACUGAUGCCGGAUAUGCAGAGCAGUAUGCCACUGACACCUCCAUCCACGUUUACACCGUCGGAGAUGCAGAGGCUUCCUCCUCUUUCUGGGCGUACGUUAGUACUGCCACUGCUACUGCUUAG